AUGGAAUCGGAAAUAAGCAAGAUGCAGACGAAGAUGCCGCCGAAGAACUUCUCUAUAGAGUCCAUAGUGGGCCUGAACGAGCGCCGAUCGCCUGAGAUCGACAUCGAGAACAGCAUAUCGCAGGAUUACGCGACGGAGAACGCGCAUUCGGAGGACGAGGACGUAAAAAUGAGGAACGGCAAAAUGGGCUACUACUUCCAGCAGAGCCGCGUGCCCAAUUUCCCAUUUUUCAUGUCUUACGAAAAGAGGGCGAUGGCGAACGGUUACCAAGAAGGUCAAGUUCAAGAAGACUUAAAGAGAUCUAGCCCUUCCAGUAUAAGAAGCGAGGUGGACAGCGACGGCGCCGAUGACAGGCCACAAGCUGGUAAUUUUGGGGGUUCAUUGGACCUUUACGAUGGAGGACUCAAGUUCCUG